UUCUACGAAAUCAGUUCCAAGUUUUUAUCGUUUUAUAUUUAAGUGGACAAUGGAAUUCAAUAAAACUAUAGAAAAUGAAUCAUCAAAUCCCAAUUUUCAAUAUGGUCGUUGGUUAUCAUCUCCACCCCCUGGGGAAGAAGUGGUUAUAUCUGGGGUAUCAGGUCGUUUCCCAGAAUCGGAAAAUAUUUACGAAUUUCGCGAUAACCUAUUUAACAAAAAGCAGAUGGUUUCGGAAAACGAAAAAAGAUGGAAAGUUGACGUUGACAAUGUACCGAAAAAAAGUGGUCACAUUGAUAAUAUUAACAAAUUUGACGCUGGGUAUUUUGGACUGCAUUACCGUCAAGCUAAUUUUAUGGACCCUGGUUUGGGAGUUAUUAUGAAAACUGUUAUUGAAGCUAUUAUGGAUGCUGGAAUAAACCCAUCAGAGUUAGAAGGAUCUAAGACCGGCGUAUUUUUGGGUCUUUCUUGGUCAGAUGCUGAAAAUCCUAUCCUCAUAAACCUAAAGGGACCGCAAAACUUUGCAAUAACAGGAUGCCUUAAAUCGAUAAUUGCUCAUCGUCUUAGUUAUCAUCUGAAACUAAAAGGACCGUCAUUUUCAGUUGACACCGCUUGUAGUAGUUCUGGGAAUGCUCUUCAUUCGGCAUUUUUAGCUAUGAGAAACGGCAAAUGCGAAAAUGCAAUAGUCGCUUGCUGUAACUUAACUCUUCAUCCUGGAACGACAAUGCAGUUUUAUGGCUCGUUCCUGCUGAGCAACGACGGUCUUUGUAAAGUGUUCGAUGUGGAUGCUGAUGGCUUCGUCCGAAGCGAAGCUUCUGUAUGCCUUUUCCUCCAAAAGUCUAAAAACGUGAAACGAAUUUACGCACAAAUUAUUAACGUGAAAGGAAAUUGCGACGGUUUUAAAAAUGAAGGGAUAGCACAUCCUUCAUCGCUAACGCAAGAACAGCUUUUGACUGAGAUAUAUCGAGAAAGUAAUAUUAGUCUUUCAAAACUGAGAUACUUCGAAGCACAUUGUACUGGCACUAAAGCUGGUGAUCCUGAAGAAGUGAAGGCUAUAGAUAAGGCUUUGGCGAAAAAAUGUGAACAACAACUUCUCAUAGGCUCAGUAAAAUCAAACAUGGGCCACACAGAACCUUCAUCCGGUCUGUGUUCAGUUAUAAAAGUAUUGAUUGCAAUGGAAACCGGAUUUAUCCCACCUAAUAUUAACUUGAAAAGACUUCGAAAAGGGCUGGAAGGGAUUGAACAAAAUCGAAUGAAAGUUGUGACAGAAGCUACUGAGCUUUUAGGACAGGAUACAAUUGUAGGUGUUAACAACUUUGGUUUCGGGGGCAGCAACACUCACGUUAUAUUGCAAAGGUUUAAAAAACCCAAAAUCAAUGGUGGACUGCCAAAAGAUGAUGUUCCUAGAUUAAUUUGCGUCAGUGGACACACUGAUGAAGCCGUUUUGACAAUUUUAAACGACUUUAGCAACAAAAGCUUGGAUGCAGAAUAUGUUGGUCUUCUCCAUGAAUUAUAUAGGAAGAAUAUUCCAAAUCACUUAUAUCGAGGAUAUGCAAUAGUUUCCAAAACUGGUGUUCUAUCUACGUCAUCAAAACGUUUGCCUUUUAAGCAACCACGCUUGCUGAUAUUUUUUGGAAAAUUUGUCGAAAAUGUUAAAUUACUAGGUUCUUAUUUAUUGCAAUUUGUAGCUUUCAGAGACAUCGUAACGAGAUUUAAUAAAAUCUUGAUGGCUAAUAACGUAAAAACACUUGAAGAGAUUCUAGAAUUGGAAACAAAAGGAGAUGAAAAUAUCUUAGGUUCAAUAUGUUUACAAUUACUCUUAGUAGAUAUCUUCAAAAAAUUAGAAUUGUUUCCUAGCAGUGUUUCUGGUGAUGUCUUUGGCACAAUUGUGUCUUCAUAUUGCAAUGAAGUUAUUCAACUGGAAGAUGCCGUAUUAGACGCGAUAAAAUUAAGCAACAUGAAUUUUCCAACAAUACAAAACUCAGCUUAUUUGAAAAAUCAAGAAUUUAUGAAAGAUGAUUACUACAACUUUGAAAAUUUCAAUAAUAUAUCUAAAAGCACGAUAAUACUAAACAUUUCAGACCUGCCGAUCACCGAUAAAGAUAACUUACUGAUACAAAAUGGUAAAGUGAGUUUCCUGGAUGUAGUAGGAAGAUUAUAUCAAGAAGGUUACCUUCUUCAAGUUCAAAAAAUCUUCCCUCAAGUGGAAUUCCCUGUAAGUAGAAACACCUCCAUGAUUGCACCUUUCAUUCGGUGGGAUCACAAAAUGUCGUGGCAAAUAUACGAGUUUAAAAGAUUUACUUCAACUGGUAAUGAACAAAUGGAGUAUAGUAUUUCAUAUGCAAACGAAGAAUAUGAGUUCAUGAAAGGCCACGUUAUCAACGGACGGAAUAUUUUCCCUGCUACCGAAUAUCUAAGAUUGGCUUGGCAAACAUUUGCCCACUCUCGAAAACAAACAAUUGAUGCUCUGCCUGUAAAAUUCGAAAACUGCAAAUUUAUAAGGGCUACUACAAUGCCUAACACUGGUUACCUAAAUCUUCUCGUAAUGCUGCAAAGAGGUACAGGGAAUUUUGAAAUCCUCGAAAAAAAUUCUUUGGUAGUUAGAGGGCGUAUCACCACUUGUUCGAGUUCAGAUCGGCAACAAAUAAACCUUUCGUCUAAUGAUACUUUGAAAGAUGAUAAAUUGAAGACGUUGCAACAAGACGAUAUUUACCGAGAAUUUCAUUUAAGGGGCUAUAAUCACAGCGGUUUGUUCAAAGCUAUAAAAACAUAUAAUGUAGAUGCGUCGUUGGGUUUAAUUAAGUGGGACGACAACUGGGGUACCUUUAUGGAUAAUAUGCUUCAACUUAAAAUUCUUGAAACAGAUUCGAGACUGCUUUACGUUCCCACUGGCAUUAAGAAGAUUAUCAUUGACCCCAUCAAACACAAACAAGUAGUCGAAAGCCAAAAUGGACAACAGUGUUUUCUGUCUGCAUAUAUUAACAAAAACUCUAAUCUGAUUAAAUCUGGUGGAGUUGAAAUACACGGCGUUUACGUUAAGUCUACCUUUAGAAAAAAAGCAAGAUUGGAACCAGUUUUGGAAAAACACGUUUUCGUUCCAAAUAGUACGACUUUAGAUUUGGAACAAGCUGUGAGAAUCAAUACACAAAUUAUUUUAGAAAAUAGUUUAGAGUAUCGUUUUAAAGCUGUGGAAAUUAUUGACGAAUUUACUGAUACCAAUUCUGAACAUAUAUUGUGUUUAGUCCAUAAAGCCUUAGAGGAUGUUGCGCUAGUUACUCCUGAUCUUACCGUUUCGACAAAAGCAUCAAACUCUGAUAUACCUGGCAUAAAAUUCGAAAUGGUUACUUUAACACCAGAAAGUGACAUACUUUUGUACGUUGGCAGCAAAAUUUUACAACAGUCACAAACUUUGAAACAAUUUUUCAUACCUCUUAGCAAAAACGGAUUUAUCUUAACACGGGAGGAGAUAAACUUUAGACUAGAAAAAGAUAACGAUGACGUAGAAAUUCUCACAGACUAUAAGACACCGUACGAAAGAAUUAUUUUGUUGAGAAGAAAACAGGAAACUGUUAAGCCCAAACACGUUGAAGUAUCUUCGAGUAAUUUUGACUGGAUAACGGAACUCCAAAACGCGUUAAAUUUCGAAAAAAGUAUUAUAGCUUAUGGAACAAAUCGAGAACCUGAAAGAAUAUUGGGUUUGAUAAAUUGCAUCAGGCGAGAACCCAAAGGAAACCUACUGAAGUGUUUCUUAAUAAUGGACGGUGCUCCGAAGUUUGAUCCCCAACAUUUGUUUUAUGUUAAACAAGUCAGUAAAAAUAUGGCUGUUAAUAUUUAUAAGAAUGGAUCGUGGGGAACUUACCGACAUCUCCGUUUGGAAGAAAGAGCCAAGGUCUACAGCGAACACUCAUAUGCGUAUUUCAAAAAUAGAGGAGAUAUAUCGAGUUUUGAAUGGUUGGAAGGACCUUUAAAGAAAGACGUGCCCCUCGAAGGAGGGCGAACUUUGGCUUUGUCUCAUUAUUCGUCAGUGAACUUUAAAGAUAUAAUGGCUGCCUCUGCUCGUGUGAACCCUGAAGUGUUAUUAAGCCAUCGAAUUGAGCAAGAAUUGUUGGUAGGAUUUGAAUUCUCAGGAAAGGAUUUAAGAGGACGCCGAAUUGCUGGAACUACUUCUAAUCAAGGGAUCUCAUCCCACGUUAUUGUUGAUCCUGGCUUAAUUUGGCAAGUACCUGAAUCUUGGACCCUCGAAGAAGCAGCCACAGUUCCUGUUGUAUACUCUACUGUUAUAAAUGCUCUUUUAAUGGUUGGAAAUAUACAACCAGGUUGUUCAAUUCUUAUUCACUCUGCGACUGGUGGUAUUGGAUUGGCCGCUUUGAACGUUUGUGUUCACUAUAAAUGCGACAUUUACGUAACUGUUGGAAAUCAAGAAAAACGAGCCUACUUAAAAAAGCAUUUCUCUCAAAUUCCAGUUAGCCACAUAGGAAACUCAAGAGACACUUUAUUUCAACAAAUGAUCAAAAGAGAAACUAAAGGUAGAGGAGUUGAUUUUAUUCUCAACUCUUUAAGUGAGGAUAAGCUGCAAGCUUCAGUUAAAUGUUUAGCACGAAAGGGGCAGUUUUUGGAAAUAGGCAAAUACGAUAUGGCCAAUGACAGUUCUUUAAAUCUCUUGUUCAUGGAAAAAGAAGCUAGUUUUCAUGGGAUACUAGUAGAUAAACUCUUUGACAAUGCUCCGGAAACGAUGUCAAAAGUGAUAAAGUACAUACUGGAGGGAAUCAAAGUCGGUUUUGUAAAACCUCUACCUAGGAUUUUGUUUAAUGCAUCUGAAGUGGAGGAUUCGUAUAGAUAUAUGAUGACAGGUAAACAUAUUGGGAGGAUCUUGAUUAAACUUCGGAGUGAAGAAGAUAAUAGGAACUCUGACGUUGUCGAUAAACUACAAAUCAGUUCGAAUCCACGGUUUAAUUGUGACGUGCGUUACACAUACGUCAUUGUUGGUGGUCUAGGUGGAAUUGGUUUCGAACUAAGUGACUGGUUAGUUCUAAGGGGUGCCAGAAAGUUAGUACUGUCUUCAAGAUUGGGACUUCAGAGUGGCUACCAUCAGCAAAGAAUAAACAUAUGGAAAUCCUACGGUGUCCAAGUUAAAGUUUGCACUAAUGACGUGACAACUGAACAAAAAUGUGAGAAUUUAAUUAAAGAGGCGAACGAAUUGGGACAAAUCGAUGCAAUUUUUAACUUGGCUGUUGUUCUUCAAGAUGCACUAUUCGAGGAUCAGACGAAAGAAAAUUUUCUAACUUCGUUAAUACCAAAAGCUAGAGCUACGGUACACUUGGACAAAGUUAGUAGAAAAUUAUGUCCAAAAUUAAGAUAUUUUGUUGUGUUUUCUUCACUUUCUUGUGGCCGCGGUAAUAUGGGUCAGAGUAACUAUGGAAUGGCAAACUCUGUUAUGGAAAGAAUAUGUGAAAACCGAAAACGAGACGGAUUGCCUGCUGUAGCAAUCCAAUGGGGAGCAAUCGGUGAUGUUGGUUUAGUAGCGAAGAUGCAGAAAGAGAAUAAAGAGUUAGUGAUUGGUGGUACUCUACAACAAAAAAUUUCAAGUUGUCUCGAAGUGUUAGAUGUGUUGUUAAAACAUGAUUAUCCGGUUGUUUCUAGUAUGGUUGUUGCUGAAAAACACCACAGAAGUGACAUUCUUAGUGCUACAGACGCAAUUGCUCAUGUUUUAGGAAUAAAAGACAUGAAAACUAUAAGUCAAUAUACGACUUUUGCAGAACUUGGUAUGGAUUCGAUGAUGGGCACAGAAGUUAUUCAACUCUUGGAAAAAGAUUUUGAAAUCUACGUAACUUCCAAAGAUGUUCGAAGUUUAACAUUUUCAAAAUUGACUGAAAUGGAGAGAGAAAAGCUGAACAUAAAUGAUAAUUAUACAAAAGCAGAGAAAGGCACGAGUUCGCUUAUUCAGCAUAUUCCUGAUAAGGAAACUAGUCACUUACCUACCGUUAAAUUAUCAAGCCAAGUAGAAUCCAGUGAAAAACUUCCAAUAGUUUUCGUGUUACCAGGUGGCGAGGGAAUCUUUACACCCUUAGAAGUUUUGACCCGUUCCUUGAAAGCUCAUGUCAUAGGAAUACAAUAUAACUAUCAAUAUCCCGAAAACUGUAUUCAAGAAAUUGCAGAAAAUACGAUUCCGCACAUUGAGUGUCACUUAACCAAAAAUGUUCCAUUUUUCAUCAUCGGUUAUUCAUUUGGAACAGUAGUUGGAUUAGAACUUAUUAGUUUAUUGGAAAAACGAGGUAAUUUUGGCACGGUUAUUCUGAUAGAUGGUUCGCCAACGUAUUCACGAUCUGCUGUAAAAAAAAUGUUUGGGAGUGAGGACGAUGUGAAGUUUGAAAUGGCAAUUUUGAACAAAGUUUUUAGUUUCGUAAUUCCUUUCGAUGUACUUUCAGAACAUCAGGAAGCAUUGUUAAAGGCCAAAGAUUUAGAAAAACGUAUUGAUGUAGCUCUGGCUCUGAUACCUUCAGAAACAACUAACAAACACAAGCUAGAUAGACAGGCACCAGUUACUCUGUAUAAACGUUUGAAAGCCAUGAUGAAUUAUACAUUCAGGAACAAGAAAAUCAAAUCAUUCGUCCACUUAUUCAAGGCAAAAUAUCCCAUGGUUGACGACCAACAUGAUUACCAGUUAUCAAAAAUGUGUGACAAUUUAGCACAAGUGGUUACAAUAGAUGGCGACCAUGUAACGAUUUUAAAUAAUGCAGACCUUGUUAAGAUCAUCAAUAAUAUUGUAACGUUUUAGCUGUACUCUUCCUUUGUUACUGUGUUUAUAUAAAUUUAACUUAGAACUUGAAGGCUAUGACAUUGAUUGUGGUUUAUUUUAAGUCGUUGUCUGGUUUUUGAAUAAAUGACAUUUUAUUUCA